AUCAUCCUUAUCACAACACGUAUAAGAUUAAUUAACUUAGGAUUGAAUUGAAGUCAACAAAAACCAAUGAAUGUUGACUUGGUGGUGGAGCCACAGAGAAACUUGAAAAUUGAAAUCGAAACGGAAACAGAAUGAAGAAGAUACUGGUGACAGGCGCAUCUGGUUACCUCGGCGGGAGGCUCUGUUCUGCCCUCCUUCGACAAGGUUACUCCGUUAGGGUCCUCGUUAGGCCUACCAGCGACCUCUCCGCAAUUCCCACACCUUCCGAAACUUUCUACGGCGACAUCACCGACUACGCGUCCCUCCUCCCCGCAUUCGCCGGUUGCUCCGUUGUCUUCCACGUCGCCGCUCUCGUCGAGCCCUGGCUUCCCGAUCCCUCCAAAUUCUUCUCCGUUAACGUUGGAGGAUUGAAGAAUGUUUUAAGGGCGUUGAAGGAGACCAAGACAGUGGAGAAACUCAUAUAUACGUCGUCGUUUUUCGCUCUUGGACCCACUGAUGGAGCCAUUGCCGAUGAGAAUCAGAAAUUGCAGGUGCAUCAUGAGAAAUUUUUCUGCACGGAAUAUGAGAAAUCAAAGCUUGCAGCGGACAAGAUUGCGAAGGAAGCUGCAUCAGAGGGUGCACCAAUGGUCCUCCUUUAUCCAGGGGUAAUCUACGGUCCUGGCAAGGUCACGGCAGGGAAUGUUCUUGCACGAAUGAUAAUAGAACGCUUUAAUUGGAGACUACCUGGUUACAUAGGCAAGGGAAACGAUGGAUUUUCGUUCAGCCAUGUUGAUGAUGUUGUUGAAGGGCACAUUGCGGCAAUGGAAAAAGGAAAACCUGGGAGUAGAUACCUACUAACGGGUGAGAAUGCAUCAUUCAAACAUGUUUUUGAUCUGGCUGCUGCCAUAACAGAUACUAGGAAGCCAAUACUUAGCAUCCCUUUGUGGAUGAUUGAAGCAUAUGGCUGGCUCAUGGUUUUGUUCUCUAGGAUCACUGGAAAGCAUCCCCUCAUCAGUCCACCCACUGUGCAUGUUUUAAGACACAAGUGGGAGUAUUCGUGCGCGAAAGCUGAGGAGGAGCUAGACUAUAGGCCUAGAAGCCUGAAAGAAGGACUUGCUGAGGUGCUACUCUGGUUGAAGAAUGAGUGCUUUAUAACAUAUUAGUCACAACAUUCCAUGGCUCUCUACAGAUUCAGUUGAUAAAUUUUAAUGGCUAAAUGAAUAACAAUGGGUACUUUUUAUAGAGGAAAAAGACAUUAACCAAAAAAAAAAGAAGGAAUAAAAAAUCCGGUGUGAAAUAAUUUUAUUUUAUUUUUGGGAAUUUCUACGGUGCUGAGAAAAAAUAAACAUGGAUGCUGUCCUUGUGUGUCAACUUGGGACAACGCAUCUGCUGGUGAGCUCUGCUGCCUGGGUCAGGCUCUAUGUUA